GCGGCGUUGGAGGCUGCGCAGAGAUGCGGUGUGGCCGGGUAAGCGCCAGGGCCGCGGGAAUGGGCGCCAGACCGCAAGCGGGAGGGAGAAGCGAGGCGAGCGCCCGAAUCAGGAACGUGUCUGGGGGAGAGGGAUGAGCGGUGCCGCCGCUUCGGCUUCAGCAUUUCCCCAAUCAGGCCGGCCACGAGCCCCCCGCGUACCUUGCACCACUUGCACACCGCGUGCCCCGUCCUCGCGGAUAGGGCUGAUGCCCUCCCGCCCUCCUAGCAUUCCGACGCCCAUGUCCCAUGUAACGACUCCGACCCGCCGGUUAUUGAUCCUGCUUGCUUGUGCCCCCCGCCCCGCCAGAUCUGGAGAUUGCAGUGUGUCACAGCCACAUCCAAGUCCACCGCCCAAAAAUAGCCCCCCAUUUUUCGCAUGUACGUACUUACACCUGCCUGCAUAUCCACCGCCUCAUCCUCACAAUAGUAAGAGCCGCAGAUGGCAGAUGCCGUCAUUGUCGUUUCAAGUUGUGUGGGUGAGAGUGAGAGCGAGAGAGCGUAUCAUGUCACUCACCCCACCACUCGCUGCCUGCGUCUGUCGUUGGUGCCUGACCGCUACCGCGCAACACGCAAUAACGUAACUACCCGAGAUAGGCAGCUGGCCUGUCUCAGGGCAAUUGACCGUGCUUGCUUAUUCCUGUGCCGUGCGAGAGUGUAACUUCAUUGCCCCAGGCUCCUGCUUGGCAUCUG